GUUGAACAUUAGUCACAUGUCACUUCCGGUUCAGGCGGAACUAGCCACGUCCUUUCCUCUCGUGCGAUCAGCGGAGUACAACGUGCCCCGUCAAGAUGGCACUUUAUAACUUCAAGAAAAUCAUGGUGGUUCCCACCGCCAAGGAUUUCAUCGACAUCACUUUAUCCAAAACGCAACGGAAGACACCCACGGUGGUACACAAGCAUUACCAGAUCCACCGCAUCCGACACUUUUACAUGCGCAAAGUGAAAUACACCCAGCAGAACUACCAUGACCGCCUCACACAGAUCCUCACCGACUUCCCAAAACUGGACGACAUUCAUCCCUUUUAUGCGGACCUGAUGAACGUGCUGUAUGACAAAGACCAUUACAAGCUGGCUUUGGGGCAGAUCAACAUUGCUAAGAAUCUGAUUGACAACGUGGCCAAAGAUUACGUGCGCCUAAUGAAGUAUGGAGAUUCUCUUUAUCGAUGCAAGCAGCUGAAAAGAGCUGCGCUGGGUCGCAUGUGCACCAUCUUGAAGCGACAGAAGUCCAGUCUGGAGUAUCUAGAGCAAGUGCGUCAACAUCUGUCCCGUUUGCCCACCAUCGACCCAAACACGAGGACACUGCUCCUGUGUGGAUACCCUAAUGUAGGAAAGUCCAGUUUCAUCAACAAGGUGACCCGGGCAGAUGUGGACGUUCAACCGUAUGCCUUCACCACCAAGUCACUGUUUGUGGGUCACAUGGACUACAGAUACCUGCGCUGGCAGGUGGUGGACACCCCAGGGAUCCUGGACCACCCCCUGGAGGAGAGGAACACCAUUGAGAUGCAGGCCAUUACAGCGCUGGCUCACCUGCGAGCGGCUGUCCUCUAUGUGAUGGACACUUCGGAGCAGUGCGGACACACUUUACAGGAACAGAUGGAGCUCUUCAGCAACAUCAGACCUCUGUUUGCCAACAAGCCUCUCAUCAUCGUGGCCAACAAGUGUGACGUGAUGAAGAUCAGUGAGCUGUCUGAGGAGAACCAGAAAAUGUUUACAGACUUGACAGCUGAGGGCAUUCCUGUCAUUGAGUCCAGUACACUAACAGACGAGGGCAUCAUUCAGGUGAAGAAUGAGGCCUGCGACCGCCUCCUCGUCCACCGUGUGGACAACAAAAUGAAAAGCAAGAAGGUCCAUGACGUCCUCAACAGGCUGCAUCUAGCCAUGCCCGCAAAAAGAGACGAUAAGGUGAGACCUCCAUUCAUCCCUGAGGGAGCUUCGCUGCGUAGGAAGGCCAUGGAGGUGGACGCACCCAAGCGCAAGCUGGAGAAAGAUCUGGAGCAGGAGCUUGGAGAUGACUACAUCCUGGACCUUCAGAAAUAUUGGGACCUGAUGAACGAGGAGGAGAAGCAUGAUAAGAUCCCAGAGGUUUGGGAAGGCCACAACAUUGCUGACUAUAUCGACCCAGACAUCAUGAAGAAACUUGACGACUUGGAGAAGGAGGAGGGGCUAAAGGAGCAGGCCGGCGAGUACGACUCAGAUGAUGAGAGCGAGGACGAGGACAUGCAGGAGAUCCGCGUCAUGGCCAAGCAGAUCCGUGAGAAGAAGCACCUCAUGAUCGUAGCGUCCAAAGAAAAGGACGUGCACGGGCCCCGCAUGCCCAGGACAUCCACCAAGGUUGAGAGAAAAACAUUAGAGAAGGAGAUGGGAGACCUCGGCCUGGACAUGAGCAACAAGGACAAUAGUCACUACGCCGAGCAGGCCCGGCGCUCCCGCAGCGUCACCAGGAAACGAAAACGUGAAGUUUCAGCGCCACCAGCUUCCAAAACACGCAGCCAGAGCGCCUCUCGUCCUCCUCGGGACCAGUCUGGAUUACGAGACACAAAGAUGGUGAAAAAGGCCAAGAAGAUGAUGAAGAACUCUCAGAAGGACAUGAACCGCCUUGGCAAGAAGGGCGAGGGAGACCGACAUGUGUUUGACCUCAAACCCAAACAUCUCCUAGCGGGAAAAAGGAAGUCGGGCACCACAGAUCGCAGAUGAACAGGAAGAGGAAGAAGUCUCUGUAGACUAUUGUGACCUGCUUUGUUUGUGGACAUCUGCAGUUUGGAGUUUUAUUCUACACAACAGUACAACUAAAAACAUCAAAUAUAUAUUUCCUUUUUUGACAAGGAAACUCCAUUGCUAAAUGUUUUUACUGAACUGGGCCUAUUGAGGUGUCUUAGUUUGUUCCUGCCGUUAUUUAACUUCAAUUAAGUGUGGGAAUAAAUUCACCCGACCCCCGAAAGGGACAAGUGAUAGAAAAAUGGCUGGAUAGUGUUGGAUAAAGUGAGGAUGAUGAUCGUGCUUCUUCUCCACAGCCAAAUACAUCUACUGCACACCCAAA